CACGGCACUCACUCUGAGUUUCCACAUAAACGGCACUUCCCGGGAAUGUUAUAGUUCCCCAGUCUUUACGGUAAACCUUUGGUUGCUAAGAGAAUUGAAAAUCACUCAAAAACAAGUUUCCUCAAUCACCUGAGGCUUCUUUAAUACAGCACAUAUAAUUAUCACACGAAUUGGUAUUGCGGUUCAAAAACUGAUUUAAAAAUUCAGGUUAAAUAAAUAGACGAUCUUUUUUUUUUCCAAGUAGGAUAUGCGCAUGCUCAGUACACGUGCAUUUCUGAGACUCCACGUCGGAACGCGAGCAAGAUUUGACCAAUCAGGAGCGGCCACACUGUUUGUUUGGAAACAACAUUCCGUCUCGGCGCAGUUUCGACAGCAUAUUAUGAACAGCGUCUUUAACAGGCUAGCUGUUUCGAUCUUGACGUCAAAAAUAUAUAUCUCAUUGGUUCAUUUUUGAUGACCGUAAAACUAUUUUUUUGCACAUACUGCGCUGCGAGAUAGAGUUAUCACCGAAACGUGACACCAAACGCGAGAAGUGGAAAAAUGGACAUGGAGGGCUCUCGACCGAAGACCAUCGCGAUUCUCAUCAAAACACCCAGCCAGGCCGUGGAGGACCAAACGAUCGAAGGAGUCCAUCUGAACUGGACGGUGAAAGACCUCAAGACACAUCUGUCGACAGUAUAUCCAACUAAAGUGGCUGAGAGCGACCAGAGGCUCAUCUAUGCUGGCAAACUUCUACCUGACCAUCUUCACAUUAGAGACCUCUUCAAACAGACAGAUACCAUUCCCACACUGCAUCUAGUCUUUGCUGUUAAAAUGCAACCCAACGCACAUCUGGGAGCAAGACCAAAGGUGAAGGAACCAGGCCAGCCUCGUCCCUCUAGUCCCAGGCCAGCGCCAUCCUCUGCCUCAUCCAGUAGCACAGCCGAGCUGAGACAGAGGAGGCAGACGUCUUCAACUUCAGCCGCCACUCCAGUCAACACGCACAUGCCGGCUUCACCCGCAGGAGUUCCCGCAUGGCCCGGUGCUAACGGGACCGGAACACCCGAAAUGGCUCAACCAACAUUUCCAGCCUACUCUCUGUACAGCCCCCAACAACUUCUGUGGCUUCAACACGUCUAUGCUCGACAAUAUUACAUGCAAUAUCAAGCAGCCAUGGUAGCAGCCGGCACCGGUCCCUCCAUAGCCGCUGCAACUGUUGGCCACCACCCACCCGUACCCGCCCACCAGGUACCGGUGCCGGCACCCAUCGCCAAUCAGAACCCCAUUGAUAACCUGCAACCAGCAAACCAGAACCCUGCGCAGGAUGGCGCCUUCAUUGACCCAGGCGUUGCCAAUCAGAACAUGCAAAUGAACGCUCAAGGGGGACCCGUAAUGGAGGACGAGGAAGACAUCGAGCGAGACUGGUUGGACUGGUUAUACUCGGCGGCGAGGCUUGGUGUUCUGCUCAUGAUUGUGUACUUCAACUCCAACCUGAGUCGCUUCCUUCUGGUGAUGGGCACCCUCUUCCUCAUGUACCUUCAUACCACAGGAUGGUUCAUCCUUAGAAGACGACAGCCGUUCCAAGAAGGACCCAACCGCCUGCAGCCCCCCGAAGUCCAGCACAACCAGGAAAAUGAGAACAGAAUCCCAAAUCCUGAUGCUGAGCCUGUUGAAGAACAGAGGGAAGUUUCUGCUGAAGGUUCAGAUGAACGUGAGUCAACGCCGGCUGUGUUGGUGCCUCCGCACAGGGUGUCCGUCAUGUGGACAGCCUGGGUCUUUUUCAAAACCUUCUUCUCCUCGCUCAUACCUGAGGCUCCUCGGGUUGUUGCCAACUGACCUGCUCGGACAGACCAUCUCCAAGCUACUUGAGGUGCAGUUUGCCAAGGAGUUGUUUUUAUUCACAAUGGAAGCAAAACUGCCAAGGAGAGCAAAAAACAGCCGCAUCAUCUGCGCUGGUGUGACAAACUGGGGCCGCCCCAGUGGGCAGGAGCAGUCCUGUAGCUCUCUAAUAAAGGACUAGAAUUGAAAUUUAAAACCUAACCAAAAUCCUGCCGUACAAAAUGGCAUUUAUGAUGCUAAAUAAAUAAGAGGUGGGGGGAAGGCUGUCAACUGAUUGUCUGACCCGUUGCCUCAAGGGCGCUUGUGAAGCUGCGAGCUGAUGAAUGAUUUGGCCUUGUGCGGAGUUUAAUGCCUGUUAGCCUCUUCAUCCCAAAAAUAGACCCAUGUGUCAAAAUUAGAUGGUUUAGAAAACCAAGCUUCAACUUCUAUUUCGUGUCCUUUUGCCGCAUGUUAAAAUAAGCGAAUGGGAUUACGUCGUGUCUCAUGUGUAAAGCAGAAAAAUAAGGUUUUGGGUGGUGCGGGGGUACAUGUUGUUCAUUUUAUAACCUUGUUCAGCAACGAAGUUCAAAGUGACAGUUAAAACGACUGACUGGAUACAUACAGUAUACUUUGCUAUGCAUAAAUUAAUUUUACGCAACGAGAAGAAAUACUGUAAGCGAAAUCAUCAAUCCAGCAAGAUUCACAGGAGAGCACAUUGUACAAAGACUGCCUCUUUUUGCCCUCUGUAAAUUCAGUGUUGGCAUGAUGAAAAUAUUGUACAUACCUUUAUAACGCACUUUAAUACGAUAUGCAAGCAUCUUUACACCAGGGGGGGUUAUUGCCAUAGUUGUUAUUAAAACAAUUAUUUAAAAUAGAAAUGGUAGAGACUGAGAUUCGACAGGUCUAUUGGAAUCUGUUUCAACACUUGUGAAUAUGGGUGGGAGGGGGGGGCGUUUGGAUACAUACAUGUAAUUUACUUUUCAAAUGACUUGAAAGCCCUCCAAAUGGAGUUCCAACUCUUUCCAGCAUUUUCCUCAUCAGAUCUUGUUGCUAAUCACUUGUGAUCAUUGUUGACGGCGUGCUAUGAGUGCUCCAAGGGUUGAUAGUUCACUGUUACCAAUGUUCCUUUUCAGUAGUCUUUGGAUGAAAUGUGCUUUUCGUCUCCUGCAAUUAAAUCAUUUAUGUGGGUGAGCCCCAUUUGCUGGCUUUAUAAACCCCGGUGAGGGAGAUUUUCUGCCCUUGUUCACCAUGGACAGUAUAAAUGAACAAUAUCUCAAUGACGUUACAUUGAGUUGAUUUUGUAUGUUGGAAAUACUUGCAACAAAAUGCAAUAAACUUCCUAACUUAAA